AUGUCUUCCUUUCUCAUCUGUAGGAAGAGAAAACGAUGCCCCAAGAUUUUCAGGUUCCACUCUUUCGCUGACCAUGGUUGCCCCAUCACACCUUCUGGUCCCUUCCGCGACAACGUUCGGUUAUUUCUUCAAGAAGCCGGACAACUCCAAGAUUACAAUGUCUCUGGCAACCCACUGUGGUGCACCCUUCUCAACCCCGACAGUACUAACCUAACGGCUCCUCUCUACACCAUCGAAGAGGACGUUAACCGGUCUUCCCAUCCCUUCUGCGAUCAUUGCCGCUGUGUAGGUUGGAGCGGCCAUUAUGUAUCAAAGAGAAGGUACCAUUUUAUAAUCCCGCUGGACAACGGGUGGCAUAAACCCUUAAGUGAAGGUGCUCUUGAUAAUCAGAGUCAUCUCUUGCAUGGGAUUAUUCACUGCAAUGGAUACGGUCAUUUGCUUUGCAUUAAUGGCAUAGAAGGGGCUUCUAAAGUUCUCAGUGGGAGAGAGAUCAUGGAUCUCUGGGACAGGAUCUGCAUCAAUCUUCGAGCAAGGAAAAUUGCAGUGGAAGAUGCUGCAAGGAAGCGGUCUAUGGAUCUUCGGUUACUUCAUGGAGUUGCUUAUGGGCACUCUUGGUUUGGUCGGUGGGGCUAUAGAUUUUGCCGUGGAAGCUUCGGUCUAACUGAGGAAAAUUAUUAUGAAGCAAUCGAGGCUCUUGGUACUUUGGAGCUGGAAAAGAUUGUAAAAGAUUUAAGCAAGACAGAGUGCUAUAAAGAAAUCAAACAAAUGAUUCGCUGCUACAGAGAUAUGAGUGAAGCUCAGAUUAUCACAAUCAGAGAUCUUCUCAGGUUUAUGCUUACUGUCAGGUCUCGUGCUUCUGUUUCUAAGAUAACAGUCAUUUCUUCUGCUGCUCCUCCCAUGAAGGAAAAAUCUGCUAGGUAUAAGAAGUUCAGCUGUGCAGUGAUUUCUAUGGAUAGCAGGUGGCCAACAAGAAGACUAGAGUUUGCAGCUCAAGUGAUUGUUGAUGCACUUAAAGAGAACAAGGCUGCCAAAUCAGGUUCUUGUGGGAUGACAAGACAAGAUGUGAGAGAUGCAGCUCGGCUCCAUAUUGGUGAUACGGGCUUACUGGAUUAUGUGCUGAAAUCACUUAACAAUGUGAUUGUUGGAAAUUUUGUUGUUCGUCGCAAGGUGAACCCAUCAACUAGGAUCCUGGAAUAUAGUAUCGAUGAGCUUGGCAAGGGGUUCAAAGCCCCUGAACUGGAGUCUGGGGUAAUGGCUGUUAUAGAUCCCAAAGUAGAAUCAUCUUGGGUUCCUGGUAAUGAUGUCUACAAUGAUGUGUUUUAUUUGUACAAAAAUGUACUAUUAGGCUACCUUGAUUCAGAACCAGUGGACCUUGUAGCUCGGACAAUUCUUCACAGCAGGCACUUCGUGAAGGAGUGGGCUUUAAGGGAUGAAAUGAAGCAGGUGUUGACAUUCGUUUGCCGCUUGAAGCUAAAUUUUGUGGACACUAAGUCUGAGUUGAAAGGGCUACCUUGUGGCGAGAUUGUUAUGGUUCCACUGCAUGCAACAGUGGGAGACUUGAAGCAAGCUGCGGAGGCUGCUCUGAGGGAUACUUACUGCAUUGCAGAAAGGCUUAUAGUGACAGAAAUUGUAGAAUUGAUGGAUGCAAGUGAUGAGGAAGUCCUUUUUGGACUAAUCCAGUCUGGUGUGGAACUUUCUGUGAGGGGUUUUGCCAUAGAUUUGUGUACUCCAUUGAAGUAUCAGGGAGGGUCUGACAAUUGGAAGGUGAGGUGUGACUGUGGUGCUGCUGACGAUGAUGGUGAAAGAAUGGUGGCUUGUGACAUCUGUGAAGUGUGGAAGCAUACACGCUGCUGUGGAAUCGAUGACUCAGUGACAGUGCCACCAUUGUUUGUGUGCUCUAGCUGUUGGGAUUCACUUGUACCCCCAAGGAUUGAAUCCGGCUUGACUGUGGAUUGUGCUGAUGAUUUUCUGAUUCCAACAGAGCCUACCCACUUACUGGAGUAUGGGUAUGGUUACUGAAUGCUUGAAUACUAUUGCUGAUGGACUUUGUAGCAAUGUACUGCAAUUGAUCAAGGAAUUGCUUACUUUCUUAUGCUGGUGGCGCUGGCAAUUACAUACAUGUCC